CUCGCGCGCACUCGCGUAUGUUUGUGAUGAGGAGGAGGCGGGAAAUGGCGUCCGUAGACAUGGUCGAUCUGUGACUACUAACCACCGAGAGACAGCCACAGACGCCAGUGGGCAAGCAGCGAGCGUUCGCGCCGACCUCUGGCGGGCGCCGUUGCGGCUUCUCGGCCGCAGAGCUGAAAACGCCGCGGGACGUUUUUGGAAGCGUUUCGUCCGUUUUUUCUAUCCUUCUAUGUGAUGCCAGAGCACAAUGCGGCUGAGAGCGCGUAAAGCUUCUCAGCAGCCCACCUUAGGCCGUCGAGCCCCUACGUCUCUGGCCAAAAGGAAACACUGUACAGUGGCGGCGUCCCCACUAAGAGGCCGAGGCAGGAUGCCGAAGAAUGAAGCGGGCCUCUUGUCCACCAUCAAGAAGUUCAUCCGGGGCGACCCUGUCAAGGUGGAGCCGAAUAUUCCUGCCAAGAGGAGUCGUAUUAAUUGCAGCGCUAAAAGUGACCUCAUCACGUCAGCACCACAAACGCGAGGCCUUGCCAACAAAACCGUCUCUAGAGUUUGCCGAAAAAGUCCAGGUAAAGUAACAGAUACAGUAACAUGCAACAGCAAACCCUUAAAACCAAACGGCAAACUCGAAGCUUCAGUUGAGGCGACGAGCAGUCCUCCGCACACAACCCUCCUAGGAACUAUCCUCUCUCCUGUUUUCAACUUUUUCUCACCAGCAACCAAAACUGCCACUCCUGGUUCCGACUCUCCGGGCCAAGCUAUGGAGGCAGAGGAGAUCAUGAAGCAGCUAGACAUCGAGCAGGCCGAGGAAAUGCCCAGCAGCAUGCUCACGUCCUCCGAUGGAAUCACAGCUUGUCAUGGCGCCCCGCCGUUGCAGCAGAGACUCCAGAUGAGCACUGACUCCACCGUGGAGGACGCUGAGAUUGUGACUGAAAGUGACAUGCCCUCGUUAACAGCUCCUCCUGGUUGUUUGCCUGAUGGCAGCUAUCCACACACGUUACCCCCCGCCCCCACAGAGCCGUCAUACGAGGAAGACUGGGAGGUAUUUGACCCGUACUUCUUCAUCAAGCACGUGCCACCGUUGACAGAAGAGCAGCUGACACGCAAACCAGCACUACCUUUGAAGACGCGCAGCACGCCCGAGUUUUCACUUGUCCUAGACUUGGAUGAAACCUUAGUUCACUGCAGUUUGAACGAACUGGAAGAUGCUGCACUGACGUUCCCUGUGCUCUUUCAGGAUGUAAUCUACCAGGUGUAUGUGCGAUUAAGGCCCUUUUUCCGAGAGUUUCUGGAGCGCAUGUCUCAAAUGUAUGAGAUUAUUCUCUUCACGGCGUCAAAGAAAGUAUACGCUGACAAGUUGCUCAACAUCCUCGAUCCCAAAAAGCAGCUGGUCAGACACCGUCUUUUUCGUGAGCACUGCGUGUGUGUCCAAGGAAAUUAUAUAAAAGACCUCAACAUUUUGGGACGGGAUCUUUCCAAGACAAUAAUAAUCGACAAUUCACCACAAGCUUUCGCCUAUCAGCUCUCUAAUGGGAUCCCAAUCGAGAGCUGGUUCGUGGAUCGAAAUGACAGCGAGCUUCUCAAGCUGGUUCCUUUCCUGGAGAAGCUGGUUGAGCUGAACGACGACGUCCGACCGCACAUCAGAGAGCGCUUUCGCUUGCACGACCUCUUGCCUUCAGACUGAGCAACUGGCUUCCGCCCCCUGCACCGCACCCUAUAAGGGAAGGAUGUAGUCAAUGGAUUUCUCGAUAAACUCCAUAUUGACAUUAUUGUUUUUCUAUUAGGAAAGAAAAAAAAAUGAAAAAAAAGAAUGAAAUUGAUGUUUUUAUGCAGAGACACUCUUGACAAUGUGACUAAAUUGCUCACUGCAGCGAGCUCGCUUCUUUGGAGGUGUUUUGUCCGCCACUUUGGAUCGACAAAACUGAAUGUGUUUGUGUUUGGCCAGUCAAACUUGUAUUAUAGUUACUAUUUUCUUGUAAAUACAUGUACAGUUUUUUUUUUUCCCCUUCAAAUUUUUUUUUAAGUUGAGAUUUUAGUACGGAUACUUUGGCUCUGUUGUGUUUUUAUUUUUUAAAGAAAAAAAGAUUAGUGUUAUGUUUCCAGUAUGCCUGCUUUACUUUUGUGAUGCUUUACUCCAUUACAUGCAGUUGUCUGUUUAAAAGGUGCAGUUAAAAAAAAUGUUCUGAGACAAUAUUUUAAGGUUCUGUAUUGUAAGAUAGACUAGACUUUUAACUAAAUACAAAGCCAUAAUGGCCACUCCCACAUUUGCCAUCUUGAUGGUCCAUGAUAAUGACGACAAAGGGCAUUAACAUCCAGCUCAUUUGAAAGAUGUCAUUCCUCAGUUUGAGGAGGAGGGGGGGGGGAGGGGGGUGACACCAGCCAUUGCUUUGAAUUCCAGUUUUCUGGGACAUCUUUUUGAUGUUGGCGUUACAAACAAGUUUUGACUCUUGAAUGAUCAAUCAUGAUGUAUUCAGUGUUAUUCAAUGGUUUUUCCAUGAAAAUAAAUAUGUUUUUAUAGGACUCCA